CACAGCUCAGCAUUUCCACUCUCACGAAGCAUGAAUCCACUGUUCUGAUGCUCCACAGAGGCACCAUCCAGUGUAUCUGAGCCACUCGUGGGAAGGAUUUGAGUCACAGCCUCAGCGAGAGCCUGCUUGAAAAAUGUGCACAUAAAGCAGCAGUGAUCUGGACCGGAGCCACAGCAGAGAUGAAUCUGUCUGAGGAGAUGCUGCUGGGUAACUCCACCUGGGCUUACUCCUACCACCAGAACUACACUGUGCCACCUCCGCUGCUACCAGACAAGAUCACCACUUCUAAACCUGCAGCAUGCGAGCAGGUCCACAUUGCUGUCGAGGUUUUUCUCAUCCUCGGUAUCAUCUCCCUGCUGGAGAACAUCCUGGUCAUCACAGCUAUCAUAAAGAACAAGAACCUCCACUCACCCAUGUACUUCUUCGUCUGCAGUCUGGCUGUAGCGGACAUGCUGGUGAGUGUGUCCAACGCCUGGGAGACCAUCAUUAUUUACCUCCUCAACAACAGACAGCUGGUGGUGGAGGAUCACUUCAUCCGGCAGAUGGACAACGUGUUUGACUCCAUGAUCUGCAUCUCUGUGGUGGCAUCGAUGUGUAGCCUGCUGGCCAUAGCUGUGGACAGGUACGUCACUAUCUUCUAUGCACUGAGAUACCACAACAUUAUGACGGUGAGGAGAGCCGGCUGCAUCAUUGGGGGAAUCUGGACCUUCUGCACAGGCUGCGGGAUCGUCUUCAUCAUCUACUCAGACACCACCCCUGUCAUCAUCUGCCUGGUCUCCAUGUUCUUUGCCAUGCUGCUCAUCAUGGCCUCCCUCUACAGCCACAUGUUCAUGCUGGCACGUUCACAUGUCAAGCGCAUUGCCGCCCUCCCUGGCUACAACUCUAUCCACCAGCGGGCCAGCAUGAAAGGGGCCAUCACACUCACCAUCCUGCUGGGGAUCUUCAUCGUGUGCUGGGCUCCCUUCUUCCUCCACCUGAUCCUGAUGAUCUCAUGUCCGCGGAACCUCUACUGCGUGUGCUUCAUGUCCCACUUCAACAUGUACCUCAUCCUCAUCAUGUGCAACUCUGUGAUUGACCCGCUGAUCUAUGCCUUCAGGAGUCAGGAGAUGAGGAAGACUUUUAAGGAGAUCAUCUGUUGUUACAGCCUGAGAAAUGCCUGCACUAGCAUCUGCACUCUGACGGAUAAGUACUAAGAGAUGCAGACUGAGAACACCAACGACAGGAUGUACAGGAUGAAAUGACUGAGUCUGACACUGGAGCAUAACCAUAAGAGAUUAAAAAUACACACAGAACUGGCUCAUUGCACCUAUCAGCCAGUGCAGUGUAUAGUCGAGUCUUCUGUCCAGUAUGAACCGGAUAGAGGACCCUCACAGUAGAAAGGAAAAUUAAACUACUAUCUCCUAAUGUAACCGGAAUGCGCACAAAGUCGCUAUUAGGUACAUUAUUUUCCAUUUACAAUCAUGUAUCAUUUUGUGCCCUUCAUUUCAUUUGACAUUUCUUUUAACCUUUUCCUUUGACUUUCUUUUGUAAAAUAUGUGAACUUUUAUCGCACUUUGUGAGGAAAUUUCCUCUUUCAUCACUAUCAUUAGUAAAUCUUAAAUGCUGUUACGUAAGAGCACUUAUAUACUUACUGGCAUGAGCAUAGUCUUGCGUAGCCAGACCUAAUUCCACAGCGCUGUGUAAGAUAUAGAGAAAGGUCUGGAAUCAUUGAUUAUCUUUUCUGCUGUAGGGGGAAAACGCUCUGGUUUUUGUUUCUUUAAACCAACCACAGUUGUCUUGGGGGGCGCUAAGCCAGCAGUAACUGUGCUCUUGCAAAAUAAUUUUAAUGAUAGCACUAUCAUUAAAAUGGUCACACAAAAGAAAACUCUACAAAAAUAGUUGUGUGUCACUGUAUGAUUCAGUUUUUACUGAUGAAUAAAGACAAACGUAAUUUGAUAAUCGGAGUGCUAGAGGUGAAGCCUAACUAUACUUUAGCUCUGGAGGAACUUGCUGGACUCGUUAAAACCAUGGACAAUUUGCAGGAUGUAGCUGUGUAGCAUCUCCAUAUUGACAAGAGUUUAAACUUGUGCAUUUGUAUACCAAUGUUAGCUCCAGUGGGUAGCCAACAACCCAGUUUUAUUCAUUCAAAGAACUUCUAUAAAGAAAAAUGAACUGCUUGGCAACCAGACCAGGCAUGUAAUUGAGACAGGACUUCAUUUGUCAAAAUGUAUAACCACCCCACGCUAGUAAAAGAAAAGGAGUGUUUAAUUGACCUAUGACUAAGCCAUGCCCCCCCUCCACUCACUCAGACAAACUAUCAACAUUCAGUGACCGGCGCUAUGGCAGGUGUCACAGUACACGUCAUUUCGCAGGAGGCAAUUGAUGUUUUUUGGGGACAUAAUGAUCAGAUGUCGUUGAUAAGUAACCAAAAGGGCCUAAACUACGCAUUGGAGGGAUAUAUUCAUCAUUUUAUUGUUGAGAAGGUUGAUGAAAGCUUAAAUUACAAGCAAAAUUUACAGGUCACAGUGUACGCUUGUGAGCUGCAUCUCGUUGCCGUCACCAUCAAAGACAACAAGUUAAAGUGCCACUGAAGUUAAGGUUUUUGGCUCAGAAUAUGAGAAAAGGAUAACGGCCUUUUUACCAUCUUUACCAAGCGUGUCUCUCCGUAGUUCGGUGCUACAGUAUUUACAUUGAAUCAUUCAGCAUAAUGUUUGCCAACCUUUGUUAUCUCUGCGAUUACAGAUAAAUUAAUGAAGCUAAACUCAAGAAGUUAACGUUAGCUUAACUAGAGCCCUUUGGACAACAGCCAACAAUGAUGUACGAUCACCAAAGUACAAAAUUAGAACAAAGUAGGCUAAUGAACUCCCAGCAAACAAGGUGACAUAAUGAACAACACAGCUAGGAGUUAACAUUAGGCUAACUUUAGCUAACAUUAGCUAGAGAUGUAAGCCCAACUUGCAGGUUGGAGACCAUGGUGAAUAAAUGUGUAGGAAAAUGAUGUAGAAACUCGAUUAAAACAAAUAACAAAAACAUAUACACACUACAGUGACUUUUGGGGUCGUUUUUGUGAGAGAACAGGCUAAUAAUUAUGAGCCUCCUCCUCCUAUCAGGGUUAGGAGAAAUAACGGCUACAGGAGAGAAAUAGAGCUGUGGUGCGAGGAGAACCAGUGGAGAACUGGGCAGGUGUCUUGGUGAGUGACCAGCGUUAGCUAACGACAGCUAACGAUGUCUAAAGGGCCAUCCACACCAAGAAAGAUAACUGUAACGUUAACUAUAACGAUAACAAUGGCAGCAUCCACACCAAUGAACGAUAUCGUUGUGUUGCUAGGUUAUGCCAAACACACACUGCUCGGUACGGUCGGCAGGGGAGGGAUGAGUGCAGCAAAUCUACCAGCCACUUGCAUAUUUCACCAGCAUUCAGCUGGUAACGUUAAAUGGUGCUAAUUUUGGUCCGUGAACAGUGGUGAUAAUAAUCAUAAGGAGGCGAGACAAUUGUCAUUCAUGUUUAGCUACGUGAGAUAAUGCUAGUUAGCAUAACAGCUAGCAUUGACUAUUCAUAAGCAUCUUAUCUCCAUGAACAAAAACACUCACCACUUAUGCCAAGGGUGC